UUCCACUUUGCAGACUGUUGAGCCUGGUUCAUGCAUGCCUGCUGGUUUUGAGUGGCAUCGACCCUCUUAAAUGAGUCUUCUUUUUGAAGUCUGGAGCCAUAUAUGGAUGAAAACUUUGUUUCAAGAGCCUUUGCCACCAUGGGAGAGCUUGUACUGAGUGUAAAAAUCAUUCGAAACAGGUUGACAGGAAUUCCAGCAGGCUAUUGCUUUGUAGAAUUUGCAGAUCUAGCUACUGCAGAGAAAUGUUUACAUAAAAUCAAUGGAAAACCGCUUCCUGGUGCUACACCGGCAAAGCGAUUUAAAUUGAAUUAUGCAACGUAUGGAAAACAGCCCGAUAACAGUCCAGAAUAUUCACUUUUUGUGGGAGACCUGACUCCUGAUGUGGAUGAUGGCAUGUUAUAUGAAUUUUUUGUUAAAGUUUAUCCAUCGUGUAGAGGUGGAAAAGUCGUUUUGGACCAGGCAGGAGUAUCCAAAGGUUACGGGUUCGUGAAAUUCACGGAUGAACUGGAACAGAAACGAGCGCUGACGGAGUGUCAGGGAGCUGUGGGGUUGGGCUCCAAACCUGUUCGAUUGAGUGUGGCUAUACCAAAAGCUAAUCGUGUGAAAUCAAUGGAGUACAAUCAGAUGUACAACUAUAAUUAUAACCAGUAUUACCAACAAUAUCACAACUACUAUGCCCAGUGGGGCUACGACCAGAACACGGGCAGUUACAGCUACAGCUACCCCCAGUACGGAUACACGCAGAGCACGAUGCAGACAUAUGAAGAAGUUGGUGAGGAUGCAUUGGAAGAUCCGACCCCUCAGCUGGACGUCCACGAAGCAAAUAAACAGUUUAUGGAACAGAGCGAAGAGCUCUACGAUGCCUUGAUGGACUGUCACUGGCAACCUUUGGACACUGUCUCCUCAGAGAUUCCAGCUGUGUUAUAGCCACGUCGCUGAGGCGCUGUGGGUUGCGUGACAUCCCACCGGCGCGUCCGGACUCUCCUGCUGCACCCUGGAUCCUGCGGUAGCGAAGGGGUGGCCCUUUUCUCCACCCAGGUCUGUGACUCCAGGUACAGGAGAGGACCGUUGCCUUUCCCGUACGGAAUGAGUAUCGUAGGAGCAUCACGGUGACUUUUACUCCCGGUGAAAAAACAAAAAACAAAAAACAAAAAAAAAAAAUUAGAACUGCACCAGUUUUAUUCCUUUUGUCUUGAAAUGAACUCUUUACUCCUCCUUGGGAAUUGUAAUUUAUAAACUUUCAACGAGAUGGCACAGGGGAAAGACUCUACUCCAACCUACAAUAAAAAAGUUGGUCUUUUAAGUAAAAAUUACCCUUUGCAUUUUGGUUCCUGCCCAUCUUUCUGUUUUGCUGCCCAUUUCGUUGUCUUCAGUCGUUUGACCCAACUCUCAUGAAUGUGUUAUUUGAAAAAAAAAAAAAAUAAUCAUUGUUGGAUACCACUGAAAUGUCACAAAAAGCUUUCCAGUGACUGGGUAAGGUUGCUGUGACUUGAGCACGGGAAAGAAUUGCGGAGAUGAAAGCUUAUGUUCUGCUUAACCUAAGCUGUGAUCUUGAGCUGUCGAGUUUAUAGCUGGGUGUUCCUAAGCAAUCUACUGGAAUUUUUUGAAAGUAAAGACAGAAAGGAGUGUUAAAAAAUUACUACAGACUGAUGCCUUCCACCUGGUGGUCUCUGGCACGUUUGGCUUGUCUCUCCACCCGUGUAUUGGGAAAUAAUUCCCCAUCACUCCAGCAGUUUCAAACACUUUGACCAGCAACCUUGUCUAAAUGUUAUUUUUGUGUAUCAUGCCUUUUAUUUUUUUUUUUUCCUCCCAUUGUGGACACACCUUGAUGGUCUCAAUGUUAAGAUUUCAUCGCGUCUUCCACUGUCCUGUCGGGGUGAAUACGGUGAAACUGAAGAUCUUGCAGCGAAAACGGGUCAGAGCAAUCUCCUCGAUUUAUUGUGCAACAAAUUGUUGCUGACUGAGAAAGCGUUUUUCUACUGGAUGUUGUAUAAGCUGGAUGGACGAGCAAUAUAUUUAAGCUAAUAUUAUGUUGCAUUAGAGGUGACAGCGAAAAUAAUAGCACUUAUGUACAUGUUAUAAGCCCUUUUCAGGCUUUUGUGCCUUAAACUCUUGGAGAAAUAGGAACAGAGAAACUACCUGUAAUAAAUGUCUAUCCGAGAACUCGUUUGGGUAACUGAAAUUGCUGCCGCAGAGCGUUUAGUUGCCUCCCUCCCCAUGUCGAUGCGGAGAUUUGCCACGGAAUUGAAAUACUUUCAUAAAGCCUACUUCUGCUA